AUGCCCACGCACGUGCCAGAUCCCGCCCCGUGCGCCGUCGAGGCGACGCUCUGGCGGUCAUGCCUCAAGGAGUUUGAUUACGGCCCCGACCGGCCCAAGGGUGCGUGCGAGAAGCAGCGGGUUGGUUACUACAACUGCAUCAAGGGCUGGAGCCAACGACAGAAGGAUGCCUACGACUACGCGAAGUUUAAUCUGGUGGAUGCGUGCGCCCAGCAGGCAGAGAAGCUGCAUCAGUGCAUGAUGGUCAGCAUGUUCGAGGUGUCGAGCUGCCAAGAGCCGAUGGCGCAGUUGAAGCGCUGCGCCGCUCGCCACGACCCGGAGGUGGCGCGGACGCUGCAGGGGGACCCGGCGCUCAACACACCCGAAGAGGCUAACGAGCCACAAGGCAUCAAACGUUUGUGGUACCGCGCCAUUGGCAAGCUGUGA